CCCACUUGUUUCUUGUUCUCUCUUUCUCUCUCCCCACUGCGUAAUGGCAUCUCCCCGGCUGGAGACUUUCUGCUGUCCGAACCGAGACUCAGCGACAGAGUUUGUGGUCACCUUCCAGCCCGUGCUGUUCGGGGCUUUAGGUCUGGGAAGCGCGAGUCUGAGUCUCUUAUUUGCUGUUUUACAAAUUCUGCCAAAACGCAAAGGAUACAGAAGACUCGGGCAGUAUCCGCUGCCAAGACCCGCGUCCUCCUCACGGAUAUUGUUCAUCAUCAGUAUAUGUGACAUACUGGGAUGCACAGGUAUCAUCGUCCGGUCAUCUGUCUGGCUGGGCCUGCCAAACAUCAUUGACCGUGUCUCAGUGGCCAACAGCACUGAUGCCUGGCCGGAGGUCUUCUGUGUCGGCAGCGCAAUGUGGAUACAGUUGUUCUUCAGCGCUUCUUUUUGGUGGACCUUUUGUUAUGCUGUUGACGUCUUCCUGGUGGUGAAAACAUCUGCAGGAAUCAGCACCAUUAUCCUGUACCACAUGAUUACAUGGGGUCUGGCUGUGCUGUUGUGUGUUGAAGGAGUGGCCAUGCUCUACUAUCCCUCCAUCUCUGAUUGUGAGCAAGGCCUCCAGCACGCUAUCCCCCACUAUGUGACCACUUACGCACCGAUGCUGCUCGUCCUCGUGGCCAACCCCGUCUUUUUUAAUCGGACCAUAUCUGCGGUGACAUCUUUGCUAAAAGGACGACAAGGAAUCUACACAGAAAAUGAGAGACGGCUGGCCAAUGAGAUAAAAAUACGCUUCUUUAAAAUAAUGCUGGUGUUCUUUAUUUGCUGGGUUCCCAACAUCAUCAAUGAGAGUCUCCUCUUCUACCUGGAGAUGCAGACGGACAUCAAUGACAACGGCUUCAGGAAUAUCAGAAACGCAGCCCUCAUCACAUGGUUUAUCAUGGGUAUCCUGAACCCCAUGCAAGCUUUCCUCAACACGCUGGCGUUUCACGGCUGGACGGGCUUCGAUGUUGACUUCAGACUGCAGCGGAGGAGUGAGCUGGCCUGGGACUCGGCUUCGACUUCAGUGCCUAACGCAGCAGGCCAUAAUCCCACGGUGGGCACUACCCUGCUCUACCCGAGUCAUGUCCAGGAAGCCAAGAAGAACAUGAUGAGCAACGGACAUCACUCCGACGCCAUCAGCGUCCUCUCAGAAGGUUCAGAGUCUAGUACAGUUGAAAUCCACAUUUCCAGCGAGCUACGAGACUAUGACGAUGUAGACGCUGAUGGAGAAUCCUUGGAGAACUCUGUGAGGCACUAGCUGGGGGUGAUCAACAACCCCCCUCCCUCUGCUUUUCCUGUGUGACAUUGUUCUUUUAGUUACUUUUGUUUUAGAUUAGCAUCUGUUCUCCUGUUUAGAUUUCCCCCAGACAUUAACUAGUCAUGAGAUCUCAUUAGUUGAUACAACAAAAUAAGUAUUUUUUUUUAUUGUAAGCUUUUUAAUCUGUCUGAAUUACAGUGUAACAUUACAGACCCAUCAACUGUACAGCAUCUGAACAGUCCCGAAGAUACUUCACUGGCUCUUGUAGCAAUCAGCAAGAACAAAGAUGACAUUUUCAUAUUAAUAACUCACAGGCUGACCUUUGAAAGUGCCUUAAGUGCAUGAGGAAAGAAUUCUGAAAAAUUCAUUGAAUUAGAUUGCUGCUGGUUUUGUCAUUAAAGCCUUUAAAGCCCAACAGAAUGUAAUAAUCUAAUUAGUGUCUUUAAAAGAAGAUAGUUACCGUAUGUCUAGUUGUCCAUCUUGUAUUUUUGCACACCUCUUUUAUACUAUAUUAAAUUUCAAAAAUAUUUGUUAA